GAAAGAACAGGCUGAUUUAAAAGGUUCUCAUAACUGAUGAAACAAUAUGAGAUUUCUGGGAUGUGUUUCAGAAAAGAAGCUGUUGCGAUUUGCAAUAAUCCUAACAACUGGAAUAUUGCUGUACCAAAAUAUUUCAACAUUAUAUGAUGGUAGUCAUGCAGUAAUACACAAACAAAGACCAACAUUAGGAAGUUUAGGAAGUGACAUAUGCCACAGUGAUGAUGCUAAUCUAAAAGAUGAAAGAAAUAAUGAACUGACAGACAAUCCAACAAAGAAAGAAGAUUCUUACAAUAUUUCUAUCACAAACAUUGAAGAGACUAGUGCACACAAUACUAAUCAGAAUGAAAGAGUUGGUGACAAUAUAAUGAUAUCAAACCAAGAAAAACUUAUCAAUCAAAAUAUGAAUAAAAUAGACACAAAAAUCCCAAUCGAUGAUGCUGAUUUCAUAUGCAAAAAUGUCGAGCUGAAGGAUAUCUUUAAAGAACCAUUUCCCUUGUGCCUCCACUCUGCUCAAAGAGAUAAAUAUGUAUCAGGUGCAUUUCUAGAGAAUGGUUACUGGGAGAGAAGUUCUGUGAAUAAGAUAUUAAAGACAUUAGAGCAGCAUCCAAGUUGGGGUUUCGUUGAUGUUGGUGCAAACAUAGGAACAUAUACAAUCCCUAUAUUGAAAUUGGGCAGAAAGGUGGUGGCUAUUGAGGCGUUGAAGCGUAACAUUAUACGCAUCACAAGAUCUGCUCAACUUAGUGAUCUCCAUGACAACCUGACGCUAUUACACAAUGCAGUAUAUGA